UGGGUUUUCUGCUUGAUUUGCAACAGUUUCAUUUCAAGCGUUCAACCAUCAACACAGAUUUCGGUUGUAUCAUAUCAAUAGACAGACGCCUCUUCCUUGUAUGGAAAACUUUCGGAAAUUUUGUAAUAUUAUCAAUUACAAACACAAUAAUCUACGUACAAUUUAGCAAAGUUAUGUGAAUGUAUUAUUGGUUUUAAGUGGAAAAUUAAAUUAUUAUUAUUAUUGUGGGCAUAAAAUGUCGUCAAUUACAUGUAAAUUUCAGUUGUCACGCAUUGCCAAUAUCUAUUACAGUGGUGAAGAAGUGACGGGUUCAUUAACAAUAUGUAGUGUAAAACAGCGUCAGAUAGAAGCAAUUAUACUCGAAUUUUAUGGUCAAACUACGAUAGAAUGGUGGGAAUUUGAUAAAACUAAGGAAAAUAUAAUGCACAAUGACUUCAGUACCCAAGAGAUAGUAGCAUCAGACAAAACACUUUACAACCAACAGCAAAAACAUGUUUGCGAACAACUUAAACUGGAUUCAUUGAACUGUAAACAACUACAGCCACAUGUUGAAUAUACAUAUAGAUUUUGUUUCACAAUACCCCAAAAAGCGCCAGCAACAUAUCGCUGUCGGUAUGGAAAAACUGAAUACGGUUUGAGAUUGCAUAUGCAACAUGUAAAGAAAGUUACUAAAUUAUUUAACCAAAAAAUUGUUGUUAAAAAUAAACUGGAUUUAACAAAAGAAAUUAAGUACCAAGAGCCUUGUGUGGCUUAUUGUCACAAUGAAUUUGGCCAAAUUAACUUACAAAUACCCUGCAGUGGUUUUACUCCAGGCCAAAAAGUUCCCUAUCACAUUAAGUAUCGAACAACACAAGCUGAUUGUAAAUUAUUAAUUCAAUUAAAUUGUUUUACCACAUGUCACACACCACAAAGUCCGAGUCAUAAAUUUAAACAAAUUAAACAAAUUAUUAAUUAUGAAAAACAUCUGUCAUGUGAAUGCACAUCACAUGUCAAUAUACCCCUUCACAGUCAGAUAUCCAGUACCAAAAAUGACCCUGAAUUAGUGUUCAGUAUAGAAUAUACAUUGGAAGCGAUUUUAAUUAAUAGCUAUAAGAAAGCUUUGAUUAGUGUAUCAAUACCGCUGACUAUAGGUACAAUACCCUGCUAUAGAUCUGAAGGGGGUUUAAAGAGCUACAUGUGUUUUGAUAAUUUUGGUUCCUCCUCUGCUAAGCUGUUUACCCCGUCAGAUCAUUCUUAUUCAGCUGCCGAUGAAUUAUUUGAUUCAUUAGGAAUUUUACCCAUAAAACGUAAAACUCAUUUGAGGAAGUCUUUAAGAAAUUGUUAUCAAAAAUUAAUAAAACUUAUUUAAAAAGAAAA